AUGGAGGGCCUCCUCGCGCAGCCUGCGCGCGUAACGCGGGUGGCCGUUCCCGCGUCCUCUCCGCUAGCAUCCCCCGCCUUCAUUUCCCUUACUCGAUUUUCUGCAGCCGCUCACGGCCGGAUAGCGGCGCGGCAGCGCAAGUCGCUUGCCGUUAGAGCAACAGCGGCGGGCGAUUCGAGUGGCGACGGCGACAAUGUGGUAACCCUGCUGGACUACGGCGCGGGAAACGUGCGAAGCGUGCGAAACGCCAUUCGCCUGUUGGGUUACGAGAUCAACGACGUGAGUGGCGAGGAUGGAAUAUCCUUACGUGAGCUAGCCAGUGAGCGAGCCAGACGACAUCCUGGCAGCCAAGAAGCUCAUCUUGCCAUUCCCCUCCUUCACCGUCCGCUCACCCCUCUCAUCCCCCACCUUCUCUUCUCCGCCUUCCUACCCCCUGCCCUCCACCAGGUGAGCGAGCCAGAGGACAUCCUGGCAGCCAAGAAGCUCAUCUUCCCGGGCGUGGGCGCGUUCAGGGCGGCCAUGGACGUGCUGAAUGAGAGAGGGCUGGCAGACGCCAUCCGCCAGUACGUGGCGUUGGACCGCCCCUUCCUGGGCAUCUGCCUGGGCCUGCAGCUGCUCUUUGACGGCAGCCAGGAGUUUGGCGAUGUGGAGGGAUUGGGCAUCAUCCCAGGCACUGUGUCCCGAUUCGAUGCAUCCAAGGGGCUCACUGUGCCACAGAUCGGGUGGAACGGGCUGCAGAUCGUGCAAUCCGAGCCGUCCAUUCUGGAUGGCGUGAAUGGGCGCCACGUGUACUUUGUGCACUCGUACCGAGCCACUCAGACCCCUGGGAACAGCGAGUGGGUGCUGGCGACGGCCAACUAUGGCGAGCCGUACGUGGCGGCAGUGAGGAAGGGCAACGUGCAGGCCGUGCAUUUCCACCCGGAGAAGUCGGGCGUGGUGGGCUUGGACAUCCUGCGUCGCUUCCUCGGCCCCAACAGGAGCCAGCAGGCCAACGAGGUGGAGGAAGCAUGCAGCAAGCCCCUGAGGGGCCCUCGAGCAACACAGCUGGCGAAGCGCGUGAUCGCGUGCUUGGAUGUGCGCGCUAACGACCGGGGGGACCUGGUGGUUACCAAGGGCGACCAGUAUGACGUGCGGGAGCAGGGCGAUGAGAGGGAGGUGCGCAACCUGGGCAAGCCAGUGGAGCUGGCGGCACGGUAUUUCAAGGAGGGGGCGGACGAGGUGGCGUUUCUCAACAUCACGGGCUUCAGGGACUUCCCCCUGGGGGAUCUGCCCAUGCUCGAGGUGAUGAAGCGCGCAUCAGAGAGGGUGUUUGUGCCGCUCACAGUGGGAGGCGGCAUCAGAGACUUCACGGACGCCAAUGGCAGGCCGUACUCAGCGUUGCAGGUGGCGGCGGAGUAUUUCCGGUCAGGGGCGGACAAGGUGUCCAUCGGCAGCGAGGCGGUCUUUGCAGCGGAGGAGCUGCUUGCUUCCGGGGAGAAGACAGGCCAGACGGGGAUAGAGCAGAUCUCCUACGUGUAUGGCAACCAGGCGGUGGUGGUGAGCAUAGAUCCCAAGAGGGUGUACGUGGCCUCGCCAGACGACGUGCCUUUCAAAUGCGUCAAGGCAUCAACGCCAGGCCCUAACGGGGAGGAGUACGCAUGGUAUCAGUGCACGGUGAGCGGAGGCAGGGAGGGGCGGCCCAUAGGGGCGUGGGAGCUGGCCCAGGCUGUGGAGCAGCUGGGGGCGGGGGAGAUUCUGCUCAACUGCAUCGACUGCGAUGGCCAGGGCCAGGGAUUCGACUUGGAUCUGGUGGAGUUGGUCUCCUCUGCAGUGAGCAUCCCCGUCAUCGCCAGCAGCGGGGCGGGCAUCCCAGAGCACUUCUCACAGGUCUUUGCGCACACUGGCGCCUCCGCUGCGCUGGCUGCCGGCAUCUUCCACCGCAACGAGGUGACAAUAGAGUCGGUGAAGACCCAUCUGGCAGAGGAGGGUGUGGAGACUCGCCUGCUACUGGUCACCUUCCCCCGCCGGUCCUUAAAUGGGGCAUGGCCGCCAGUGGUGGUGGACACCGCCUUCGGCGACGAGCCAACGGCUGGGGUCGGCUCAGCGAGGACAACGGCGGCAGGCGGUGCAGCAGGUACUGGGGGGACAAAAGCAGCCAGAUCAACGGCAGGCGCAGCGGGCGCAAACGCUGGCGGCACAACGGGGAGAGUCGGGGGAGCAGCAGCCAGAGCCGGAGCGGGCGGUGCGGCAACAGGAGCCGCCGGAGCCCCCACUGCCACAGGAUUUAUAUUCGGGAGCACAGACACAGCAGCGGCUAAUGUCAAAGUUUUCAGGGCUGGGGGGGCUGGCAGCUUCAACGCGGCAGUCACCGAGACAGCAGGUGCAGCUGGAACAGCAGCAGAUGCAGCGGGAGCAAUUGCUGGAUGUGUUGGAGCAUCAGGAGUAGGUACAACAACCGGUAGUGGCUCCGCUUCAGAAGGGACCUGCAGUAGGGGCUGA